UCUCUGUCCCAAGUUGGGGAUAGCCAUUUUGCGGGACAUGUUUCGUCUAUUUAAUGUUAAUCUCUGCGAGUAAACAUUAUCGUUAUUCAAAUCGGACGGUCAUUUAAAUACUCGGCGUACGCUUUUAAACAUCUCAUUCGGUUCUUGUUUGUUGAGAAGUGAAGAUCUUUUAUUAUAAUUUUUGUAGUUACAAGUUUCAAUAUGAUUUUACAAUUAUUCAGCGCGUUGAUAUUAGCAGUGAGUGUUACAAAUACACAGGCCCAAUGUGUUCAAUCCAAUGAACCCGCUCUCAAAGCUGUUUCUGAUGGCGCAAAUCGAUUCGCCAAUAAUUUUUUCAAGGUUAUGGCAAAAAGUGAACCAGGAAAUUUUAUUUGUUCACCGGUUGGUGUCAAUAUCGUCUUGUCAAUGGCUACUUUUGGAGCUCGUGGUUCUACAGAGCAGCAAAUGGAGUCAGCAUUAAGCUUGCCUUGUGAUAAAAGUAUCACCAAAAGCGGAUUUCAAGAACUUAUUGAUUCAUUGAAUAAUGUCAAAGGAGCUGAAUUAAGACUGGCUAACAAAAUAUUCACGACAAACAAAUACGAACUGCAGCCGGAAUUUGAAGAAAUUAUGAUAAAACACUUCAAAUCAAAAACUCAACUUGUUGAUUUUGAUAAACCUGAAGAUGCUGCGAAGAUAAUUAACAAUUGGUCUGCGAAUAAAACAAACAAUCGUAUUACCGAAAUUUUUAAGGCUGACGAUGUUCGAGAUGUGGCAGUGGUGUUAGUUAACGCAGUUUAUUUCAAAGGUAAAUGGGCGAAUAAAUUCAAUCCUGAGUUUACAAAACUCGCGCCUUUUUACACUGACGAGAAAAAUUGGAAGAAUGUGUCAAUGAUGCAGAGACAUGGAAGCUUCUAUUGGGGUAGAAUACGUGAACUUAAUGCUCAAUUCAUUGAGCUACCCUACGAGAGCGAAAAUCCUGAAGAAUCGUUAAGUAUGUUCGUAAUUCUUCCCGAUGAAAUAAACGGCUUAUCAAAAAUUGAAGACAAUAUGGAAAAGAUAAAUUUCACUCAAUUGCCUGGUCAUAAAAGCUAUGUCGGCCUCUCCAUGCCGAAAUUCAAAAUCGAAAGCUUUUCUGAUUUGAAGUCAACUUUGCAAGAGAUGGGUAUAACUGAGAUCUUCGAAAACACCGCCGAUUUGCCAGGUAUCCUCAAAGGCCCUCCCGUAAAAGUGAAUAAGAUUGUUCAAAAAUCUUACAUCGAAGUAAACGAAGAAGGAAGUGAAGCAGCUGCGACAACGGGAAUUCUUAUGAACGAAUCUGGACGACCGAGACCACCUCAACACCCGGAGAUUUUUGAAAUAAACAGACCAUUUAUUUAUACAAUUAUCCACCGAAGUAGCAACACAGUUCUAUUUCAAGGGCACAUUAGCAAUCCAAUUUCAAUUCGCCGGCACCCAGACUCUGUUGAAGACAUGAAAAAUGCAGUUUGGGCUACUUAUUACCACAAUAGUUCCACAGACCAAGAUCCACAGCAUAUGUAUUGCCCACCUGGUGCGGAGAGUUGGUGUGCGUGGCAAAAAGCUGCAUCUGAGGAUACCUUAGAGGAGUUUCAGCAUGAUAAUGUUCCUCUGUGUGAUAAAGUUUUAGAAAUUAUAAAACCAAUUUAUGACAGUUUAUCAUCAGAGGAAUUAUUAACUCGAUGUUUAGGUUCUGAAACUCAAAACAAUAAUGAGUCUCUAAACUCGUUGAUUUGGACUUUCGCGCCGAAACAUAUUCAUUCUGGACCUAAGAUAAUUGAAAUAGCAACAUUUCUCGCUGUUUGCAUUUUUAAUGAAGAACUUCUAUUCAGUGGCAUGAUAGCGGCUUUAAGUAUCGCUUAUGCUCUGGCAGAUUGUACUCAAUCAAAUGAACCGAGCUUUAAAGCUGUUUCCGAUGCUUCUGAUAAAUUUAUGUCCAAAUUUUUUAAGGUUCUAGGUGAUGAAAAAAAAGGUAACCUCAUUUGUUCGCCAAUAAGCGUAGAUAUUGUACUGUCUAUGGCCUAUUUCGGUGCGCGAGGAAACACUGAAAAACAGAUUGAAUCAUCACUGAAUUUUCCUUGCGACAAAUCCGUUACUAAACAAGGAUAUCAGCAGCUUAUCAAAAGUCUAAGUAACACACAAGGAGUGGAAUUAAAAUUAGCCAACAAAAUUUUCAUUAACAAAGGAACUUCACUGCAAUCUAAUUUUAGUGAAAUUACAAAAACGUAUUUUGAAUCCGAAACUCAGAGCGUUGAUUUUUCGAAAGCUCAUGAAGCUGCCAAAAUUAUUAACGAUUGGUCUGCAGAGAAAACAAACAACCGUAUAACUGAAUUAAUUAAACCCGAUGAUAUUGAGGGCACGGUAAUGGUAUUGGUUAAUGCAGUUUAUUUCAAAGGGAAGUGGGCUCAAAAAUUUAAUCCAGAAUAUACUAGGCCUUCACCUUUUAAAGUCGACGAUAAAACUACAAAAGACGUACCCAUGAUGUACAAAAUGGGAAAAUUCAAUUAUGGCCAUAUCGCUCACCUCAAAGCUGAGUACGUCGAACUUCCAUAUGAGAAUAACGACAAAAAUGAGGCUGUCAGCAUGUUUAUUAUUCUUCCUGACGAAACCAGUGGAGGAAUUCAAGAAGUUCAAAAUAAUCUUCACCUAGUAAAUUGGACACAACUUGCAAGAACUGAGGAAGAAGUUGCUUUGCACUUGCCUAAAUUCAAAAUUGAGAGCAAACUUGACCUGAAACCCACUCUACAAAAUAUGGGUAUCACCGAUAUUUUCGACGGAACAGCUGAUCUGAGUGGUAUUAUUGAGAGUGGUAAGUUGAAGGUCAGCAAAAUCAUUCAGAAAGCUGUUAUUGAAGUCAAUGAAGAGGGUUCUGAAGCUGCCGCAGCAACAGAAAUGGAAAUCGUGUUUAUGUCUAUGCCACCGGAAAUAAUUAUCAAUAGACCAUUCUUGUGUGCAAUUGUAAAGAACAAUAUAGUAAAUCAUCAAACUACAUUGUUUGUGGCUCGUGUAACUGAUCCUAUCAAUGUUCUAGCGAAACAUGAAAAUGGUAAUCUGAUUUUUUCGCCACUUAGUUUGCACGCCUUGCUAACCAUGUUAAAUUUGGGCGCAAGUGGGAAUACUUCUUCGCAAAUCAAUAUACCCUUGCGGAUGUCUUGUGAUAAGAAUAUUGCUGCAGAAGGAUACCGACAACUUAUUGGUCUUUUACUCAAUAUCGAAGAGGUCAAGCUUAAAUUCGUCAAUAAAAUUUUCGUAUCACAAACGUCGGUACUAAAGAGCAGCUUUGAGAGUAAAAUGACGUUUUUUUUUAAAUCCAAUACAUCCUUAAUUGAUUUAACAAUACCAGAAAAAGCUGCUGAAGAAAUUAAUCGUUGGUAUGCGGAGGAAACUGAAAAUCAUAUAACGAAUUUAUACAAGCCCAGUGAUAUUGAAAACGCAAAAAUCUUGUUGGCUAAUGCCAUUUACUUCAAAGGCAAUUGGACUAAUAAGUUCGAUCCUCGGAAUACGCGACCAUAUCGUUUUUAUGUUAAUGGUCGUAAAGAAUCAGUAAAAAAUGUACCGAUGAUGUUUAUAAACGCCGAAUUCCAGUGGGGCUAUAUUCCUGAUUUAAAGUCUGGUUUUAUUGAACUUCCAUAUGGCAAUCAAACAAAUCCAGCGAUGAAGAUGACGAUUAUCCUUCCGAAUUUAGGAGUUGAUAUUAGAGAUGUUGAGAGAAAUAUUAGCAAAUUAGCUACAAUUAAGUAUCACGGAUCUACAAGCAUGGUUGCUUUGCGUUUGCCAAAGUUCACAAUCGAGAGCGAAUUUGAUCUAAAACCGAUUCUAAAAGAAAUAGGGAUUACUGAUAUAUUUGAAAACACGGCUAAUUUCCAAGAUAUGACGGAGAGUUCUGGGUUGAAAGUUACCAAAGUCGUUCAGAAAGUUGUCAUUGAAGUCAACGAAGAGGGUAGUGAAGCCACUGUUGCUUCAGCGAUCCUAGGUGUUUUCUUCGGUGUCUUAGUAGCAGCUUUGAUUGCACCAGGCUCAUGGUCAGCAGCGGUUCAAUCAGAAGUUGAAAGCUCAAGCUCGCAUGAAUUUAAGCCAAUAAGCUCGACCUUACUGCAUCAACUUGUUUCAAUUAUCAACUAUGUUAACGGUCAUAUUUUAAACACCAAACUUGGCGAAAUUUAUAACAAAGUUGUUGGUGUUUUUGAAAACUCUACAUUGAGUACUGAUAAAAUAGUCCAAGCAACCUCAGCAAAGUUAUCUGAUAAAAGUUUCCAAAUAGCCGAGAUAAAAGCUAGAACUCAUACUUGUAAACUGCAACUAAUAUCGAUUAAGAGGUUAGAUACUGCACCAAUAAUGAAAUGUCAACUAACAUGGCUUGGAGCUAUUUUAGUAGUUUCAAAUUUUGCUACUAUAGUCGCAGAUGGCCUGGAAAAUAAGGAUUCUCUAAUGACAGUUUCCAAUGGAAUGAACCAAUUUGCUACCGAAUUUUAUCAAAAAUCAUCAGAGAACAAUCCGAAUAAUCUAAUCUGCUCACCAAUAAGUGCCGGCGUAGUUCUGGCAAUGGCAACUUACGGCGCUCGAGGGAAUACGGAAAAACAAAUGCGAGCAAGUUUACGUAUGCCUGAAGAUAACGCCGUUGGUAAAAACGGUUUCCAAUCGUUGCUUGAUAGUCUACAUGGUAUCAAUAGCGUUGAGCUAAAAUUGGCUCAAAAAAUUUUUACUGCAAUAGGUUUUGAAGUAAAACAAGAGUUCAAAGACAUAACUGAAAAAAACUUUUACUCAGCUGCAGAGAGUUUGGAUUUUGAUAACAAAGCAGAAGACGCUAGCCGGACAAUCAAUAAUUGGUGCGCACAACAAACAAAUGAUCAUAUUAAGAACCUUCUUGGUGAAGAUGAUGUUCAAGGAGCUUCAAUAGUUUUGGUAAAUGCCGUUUAUUUCAAAGGCGGUUGGGAAGAAGAAUUUGAAAAAUACCUUACAGAACCAAUACCGUUCCAUAUAGAUGAAAAAACUACUAAAAAUGCUGACAUGAUGUUCAUACGAAAGAACUAUAAUUACGGAACACUUCCUGAUCUUGAGGCUAUUUUUGUUGAACUUCCGUACAAGAAAACUAGCGAAAACGACGCAACCAGUAUGUUCAUAAUUCUGCCGAAUCAAAUUACUGGUUUGAAGAAAGCUGAAGAGUCAUUUAACAAAGUUAACUUCAAAGAGCUUCAUGACAAUCAACAUUCAACCCCUUUGCAGUUGUCACUGCCUAAAUUUAAAGUAGAAAGUACGCUUCAACUGCAACCGAUACUCGAGAAAAUUGGAAUGACCGACAUGUUUCAAAAUUCGGCUGAUUUUGGAGGAAUAACAGAAGCUCCACCACUGACAAUCAGUAAAGUUGUUCAGAAAGCUUUCAUUGAAGUUAAUGAAGAAGGAAGCGAGGCAGCUGCAGCUACUGGGAUGGUUGGUAUGUCAAGAUCUGGAAAUUUCGACGGUCCGAGAUAUAUAUCAGUCAUUAUUGACAGACCGUUUAUUUUUGCAAUUGUCCAUCCUGCAACAAAUACCAUUCUGUUCCAAGGACACAUUACUGAUCCAACGUUAUAAUAAAAUUUGAUUUUUUGCUCUAAUAAAACGUUUUAUGAUUUGACUAUUGUAAUAAAAAAGAUACAAAUAAAUGAAAAAUAUUGAUAA